UCCUCACCACCAAGAGAGAGGCAUCUCUAAUUUGCUUCUUUGAACUCUCUCCCUUACGUCUCCCAUCCAUUUCAAAUUUGGGCUACAAGAUCCUUCCCACCCCCCAUUCCUUCCCCAAAGAACAAGUCCAACUUUUUCUCCUUAAACACUUUCUCUACAUCUUCUUCACAUUUUUGUCCCAACUUUAGUUGAAGAAUCUCGCACAAAAGCUACAAACCAAAUACUGGGUUUCGGAGUGCGAAGCUAAUUUCCAUCUGGGCUAUCUUCAUUUUCAGAGAAAUUUUUUCUAAACUUGUCAUUUCAUUGCAAGAUCAUUUUUUUAUUUCAUCUGGGUAAUUACAAAAAAAAAAUGACAGAGCCGACUCGGAUUGAUCGAACAUUGGAUGAUUCAAAAGCGGUAGAGCUAACUGGGAAGAUCAUGGUUGUAGCCAUCAUAGUGUUCUUCGUUGUGGUUGUGUUCGUGAUUUUUCUCCAUCUCUACGCUAAAUGGUUCUGGUGGCGCAUUGAGGAAGAUGCGGCGUCGUCCGGUCAACAGAGCAGCAAUCGACGCAGGCGCCGACGCUUCGUCUUUGCUCCGGGCCAAGACCCGAAUAUCGUCACUCUACGAAGAGGGCUCGACACCUCUAUUCUCCAGUCCAUUCCCGUACUGGUGUUUCACCCUGAAGACUUCAAAGAUGGUCUCGAAUGCGCGGUUUGCCUCUCCGACCUCGCCCAGGGCGAAAAAGCGAGGCUUCUUCCCAAAUGCAACCAUGGCUUCCACGUGGAUUGUAUAGACAUGUGGUUCCAGUCUCACUCCACUUGCCCAAUUUGCAGAAACUCAGUAGCUCAAGAAAGCUCCUCUGAGUUCUCGAGUUUGUCAAGGGAAGAGAGUGUACGGACACCAUUGGAGGAUUUAGCUUCUGUGUCAACAGAGUUUCCGAAUUUCCCCACCAACGUUUUGUUUUGGGGGAACCAAACCCAGGUGAGCUCUGGCAGCACUAGUUUGGAAGAGGGUCCUUCUUCACAACCUUCUGCAUCACCUUCUUCAUCAUCGUUAUCUUCAACUCCAUCGUCGUCUUCAGUGGCUGCAAGUAGGCCAGAGGGUGUUUUGGUAAUUGACAUACCGAGUGAGAGCUCCCAAACGACGUCAGUAGCUCCUUCGGGUAGUAGGAUAGUGAUGGAGGACGAAUUGAAGUCGCCUGUACCGACGAGACUAAGGUCAUUAAAAAGGCUUCUUAGUAGGGAUAAAAGGGUGAGUCCCAGUUCUGGUGACCUUGAGCAAGGAAGCAGAGGACAGAGUUAGAAUGUCGUUUUUGAGAUAGUGGGUGUUUGAAUUUACUAUUCAAGCCAAAAUAUGUGUACACAUAUUUGAUAUUGGAACUGUGAUGAAGAAUACCAGAAGAAAAUGAUCCCAGAGACGAGAAAAUUUGUUGUCUCAGAGUGUCUGAUAAUUAAUUUUCAAAUCUACCAUCCAGAGCUCUUUGAAAAUGGGCAAAAUUGAAAAGCAAAAAAAAAUGUUAUUUUGCUCAAUGUCGUUUUGUUCUUCAGAAGAUUAAGUAGCGUUUGAGCUUGAGACAUCUCAAAAAAGAAAAAGCAGCCCUUUGUGGACUGCCUGCCUUCUAUACAAGUAAUUUGUACAUUUUUAUUUAUUUUUUCCUUGAAAAUAGAUUCACAUCACAACAAUUGUUUGAAAUGAAUGUAUAUUGAGAAAGCGAAAAAUAGUUGGUUUGUUAAAAUUCUUAAGUUAUAUAUGGGGUUUGAUUUUCCCAUUUGUUCGUUAUUGGACACAAUUUAGUUUCAGCCA